GGCGAUCCGGCGAUCCGGCGGGGGGCGCGGGGAGCCAAUGGGCGGCGGGGAUCCGCCGGCGCGGCUUGGGGGCCCCUGGAGGAGGAGGAGAGGAAAAACCACGGGAUUGAGCUCUGUCAGUGGCGCUCGCCGCUUCCGAGGGGGAAGUGCCGGGGGAUAAUUAAUGUUUUUAUUAAAUUUGGAGGGAAUUUUUUCGCAGCCGACCGCCGCGCGUGGCCUUCAGGCUGACUGGAGGCCAGAUCCCGAGGAAAUCUCCAGAUCCAAUGCCCAGUAAAUAAAACACUGGGCUAAGACUUGUGGAAGAGCCGCAGGAUGGAUGGAUUUUAUGACCAGCAAGUGCCUUACAUGGUCACCAAUAAUCCGCGUGGGAGAAACUGUAAUGAGAGACCGACAAAUGUCAGGAAAAGAAAAUUCAUUAACAGAGACCUGGCUCAUGAUUCAGAAGAACUCUUUCAAGAUCUGAGCCAAUUACAGGAGACAUGGCUUGCAGAAGCUCAGGUACCUGACAAUGACGAGCAGUUUGUGCCAGACUAUCAGGCUGAAAGUUUGGCUUUUCAUGGUCUCCCUGUGAAAAUCAAGAAGGAACCCCAUAGCCCAUGUUCGGAACUUGGCUCUGCUUGCAGUCAAGAACAACCAUUCAAGUUCAGUUAUGGGGAAAAGUGCCUGUACAAUGUCAGUGCCUAUGAUCAGAAGCCACAAGUGGGAAUGAGGCCCUCCAACCCACCAACGCCAUCCAGCACUCCUGUGUCACCGCUGCACCAUGCCUCCCCAAACUCAGCUCAGACUCCUAAACCUGACCGGGUUUUCCCUGGCCAUCUCCCUCCAUCCCAGUCCAUUCAAGACAACAGCUUCCCUAUGGAUCACAGAUUUCGCCGCCAGCUCUCUGAACCUUGCAAUUCUUUUCCACCUUUGCCUGCAAUGCCAAGGGAAGGACGUCCAAUAUAUCAGCGGCAGAUGUCUGAGCCAAACAUCCCUUUCCCACCUCAAGGUUUUAAGCAGGAGUAUCACGAUCCAGUUUAUGAACACAACGCUAUGGUUGGCAGUGCAGCCAGUCAAAAUUUCCCCCCUCCUCUGAUGAUUAAACAGGAACCUAGAGAUUUUGCAUAUGAUUCAGAAGUGCCUAGCUGCCAUUCCAUUUACAUGAGGCAAGAAGGCUUCCUGACUCACCCAAACAGAACAGAAGGUUGUAUGUAUGAAAAGGGACCUAGGCAGUUUUAUGAUGACACUUGCGUUGUUCCAGAGAAGUUUGACGGUGACGUCAAACAGGAGCCAGGAAUGUACCGUGAGGGACCCACGUAUCAACGGCGAGGCUCACUUCAGCUGUGGCAGUUCUUGGUAGCGCUUCUUGAUGACCCAUCAAACUCUCACUUCAUAGCAUGGACUGGUCGAGGCAUGGAAUUCAAGCUGAUUGAGCCUGAGGAGGUGGCACGUCGCUGGGGGAUUCAGAAAAAUAGGCCAGCUAUGAACUAUGAUAAACUUAGCCGAUCACUUCGCUAUUAUUAUGAAAAAGGAAUCAUGCAAAAGGUUGCUGGAGAAAGAUACGUCUACAAGUUCGUUUGCGACCCUGAAGCGCUUUUCUCCAUGGCCUUUCCAGACAACCAGCGCCCCUUACUGAAGACUGACAUGGAGCGCCACAUCAAUGAGGAGGACACUGUGCCUCUGUCCCACUUUGAUGAGAGCAUGGUCUACAUGCAGGACGGUGGCUGCUGCAACACCCACCCCUAUAAUGAAGGCUACGUCUAUUAACAACAGUGACAGUGAAGGGGAUAUUUUCCCCCUCCUUUAGGCUUCUCCUCUCUCACAAGACCCAGAGGAAAGCUGAAACGACUUCAGUUUGUUUUUUAAAUAAUACACUAAAAGGGGCUUUUCCUGUUGCAUUACUCCUAUGGUCUGCCAUGGACAGCGCACUUUAUUUGAAGGGGGAGGGUUGGAACCUAAACGUUAUUCUGUGUAACAGGAGGAAAAGGGUGGGUUUGCUUUUUACUUAAGUUUGGGAAGGGAACAUACAGGUUUUAAGUACAAAAAAAGCUAUAUCAUGUCUGUUUUGUUUCAUAUCAGCAUAAGAUAUUGUACAUUUUCUCUGGGUAUCCGUAGUACAGUUAAUUCUCAUUGUGCAAAAUAACCACUUGCUGAUGAUAUCAGCGCAGCAUGCCUCGGGCAUUUGUUUCUUGCCAUUCUUAAUUGUCUUUCUACAGUUAUGAAAGAGAAGCAAAGCAUAUACCACAGCAUUUAAUUUAGAAGCUUGAAGUGGUGGACCUUGCACCUUGCCUCUAAAAACAAAUAUCUUGAGAAUUUUGCUUCUUUUUUUUUUUUUUGGUAGGGCUUCAAAAAAUCCCAUUUAAUGACAGGCAGAUUGGCCAUAAGUACAGUGACCAAAUAGCAAAAUCCGUGACUGCAGACCACAAGCUGCAUGCUGUAACUGGUGCCACAUUGCUAUUCAUAUAUGGCCCAUGCUAUGGUUUAGACCUUUCAAGAUCCAUUUGAGGGUAGUAAUUACAUGUGGUAGGCUUUCUGAUGAUCAUGUCAGCAUUAAAUACAGGAUCAUGAUCAGGAGGGAGAAAACAUUUUGUAUCCUUCCAUUUCCUUUGGUACAUAAAUAAGUUAUUUAAUCAAUAGGAAUUAACUGUACUAAGUCACAUAUCUAAUUAUGCUGUUUAGACACAGCAAGCACUCCUUGAGAAAAAUAUCCAAUACACUAAAUAGGUACUUUAGUAAUUUUUAGACACGGUACCCAUUAAUAUGCAUUUAAACCUUUUACUGCUGUGUUAUGUUGAUAACAUAUAUAAAUACUAGAUAAUGCUAAUGCUUCUGCUGCUGUCUUUUUCUGUAAUAUUCUCUUUGAUGCUGAAUUUACUAUGACCAUUUAUAAGCAAUGCUGUAACUACAGGUAGCAUUUCAGGACAAAAUAGAUGACUUGAACCAUUUAUUGCUUAGAAAAUAGCUUACGCCAUAGCUGUGCUAUAAGCAGCUUUUAUGCGCAUCCACAAAUGACUAGUAAGCUUCAGCUUGCUGAGGAAAGCUCUGCAGAGCCUUUUGUAAUUUUCGGUGGAAAAGAGACUUAGACGAACUGUCAAAGAAUACCAUGAAGUCGCUGUAUGACGUUGUAGUGCUGGCACUGAUGUUACCAAUCAACUUGUUUUGGACACUAAAUGUAAAUGUGAUCUGAUAUGCUCGGAAGACAAUUUAAAUUUUGAGUUCUUUUUUUUCCCCCAUUGUUUUUUUUUUUGAGAGGGGUAAUCUGAAUACAAGCCACAUGCAAUAUUCUGUAUGUAAAAUGAAAAAAAAGAAAGCAAAAAAGCAAAAGUUUUAAAUAUGUAUGAGCACCUUUUCUGAAAUAUAAUAUUUACUAGUUUGAAGGGAGUUAGAGAGGGUAAGAUGUGGAUUUCUUUCUUUCUUUGCCCAGUGAAAUUUAAGUGUUAUAUGGAUUGCCUCAUUUUCCUAUAUUCAUGAGAAGUGGGAGGAAAAUGAAUGCAUAACCAUAAAACAAGAAUAAUUUUCAUCACAAUGGAUGGAUUUCAAAGACAAUCCUAGGUGGUGGGUUAAUUUUCCAUCCUGUGUCAAUUAAGACAUGAGUUAAGCUAUGAAUAUUUUAACAUGCAAUUAAUCAAAAGUACAGAAGUAGUGAUCACUAGAAACCACGGGUGGAUAAAAACAUUUGGGCAGGUAUUUAAUUUACUCAGAUACAUAAGACAACAUAUUUUAUGGGAGUGUGUGUAUGCCUUAAUAUGUCACCUAAUUCUGUCAUCUGUAAGUCUCAAUGGCACUUAAAUUUGCAGUGAUCAACCCAGAAUCACAAGUCUCAAACUGCAUAAUUACCAAGAAGGAAAGGGAAAAGGUUAAAUAAGAUUGUUUAAAACAAAAACAACAAACGUAGUUUCCAUUGAAAUAAGGUUCAAAUGAAACAUGCUUUGAUGAAAAGUCCUUGGAUUGAUUUUUAUUUUUUAAUGUCAUCAUUGAGCGCCUCCUGCCUGUGGCAGGAUGUGGGUAUGGGAAAGGGGUUGGACAAAAAAAGGAAAAAGAAAAAAAAAAAAGGAAAAAAAUGCAUCAAAUGUGUAAUAUUUAAGAAGAAAUAUAUAUAUAUAUCUGUAUACGGUAGUGACUCACUGAACAAAACAAGCAAUCAGACCAACAUUACCAUGAUCUCUCAGCAGAAGAUAUAAAAGUCUUUCACUGAACUGAUUAACCCUUUUUAAAAUGUACCUAAGAGGUUUAUUUAAAAUCUGUUUUUAUUCCACUUUUUUUUUUGUUUGUUUGGUUGGGUUUUUUUUGUUUGUUUGUUUGUUUGUUUGGGGUUUUCAGGUAGAAUAAUAAAUCUGGCAGCUGAUUUCUGCAA